GUGCGGCUUUCUUAGAACAUUAAUGUUAGUGACUUGCAUUGGUUCUCCAAUCUUCCAAAUCUCUUCUCCUGGUGCAGGUUUGAUCUAAGGCUUACAGGUCUUGUCUCUUUACAGGCAACAGAACAACUGACUUCCCUGAAUUCUUGACUACAAUGGCAAGUGAAUCGGAACAAACAGAGGAGGAUAUAAGAGAAACAUUGCGUUCAAUUGACACGGAUGGUGACGGCUACAUUGGUGCUAAAGACCUUCAUUAUAUUAUGGAAACCUAUGGUGAGCUAUUAACAGAUGAAGAGGUUAAUAACAUGAUCGGGGAAAGAGAUAUUGAUGAAGAUAGUUUAAUAGCUUGCGAAGAAUUGAUUGAUCCGAUUAAAAACCUACUUGAAAAAAAGAAAAAAGAACAGGAAAACAAAAGCACCACAUCUAAAGAUUGAGUUUAUACAAAUGAUGAUGGCAAAGUGAAGACUGUGCAGAAUGUUUUAAAUGUAUUGUACAAAUGUUUAUUGUCCUUUCUUUGCUUGUAACUGAAUAAAUGUCCCCCCCCCCCCUUAC